AUGCGUCCUCCACGCGUUUUCGUUCUCAUACUUUUCGUCGCAGUUUCCCUCUUACUCUUCUGUCGCGCUAUAUCGUCCUCGCUUCGAUCCGCCUACGCAGAUUACCCCGCUGGGAGGAACUUCAAGUCCAAAACAACAAAGACUGGUUCCAGGUUUCCGGGGUCUUAUGAUGACCAUGAUCUUGACCAUGACAAUAAUGACAGCCCAGAAAAGUCGCCAAAGUCCGUUUGGAACUCCAUGUACUAUAACACACCUUUUUCAUUAUUCCCACCAAAUGCGGCCAUCAGCUUGACCGAUGACAACAGUACUUCCUUUGCCGCCCGUCCCGCCGCUUUCGGUCCCAAACUCGCCAUUCGUGGUCUAAGUGGUCAAUUAUGGGUCGGUAGCGGUUUCGCAGAAGACGCACUUAUACAUGGCACUGGCGAGUUGGGCUGCAGCGAUGUCCCAGGAUGGAAUGAGCGGGCUGAAGCCAUUGCUUUACACAAGGCAUUGAGGGCUGCUGCCCCUUCUAUUGCCGGUUCCCAGUCAGGCUCUUCGGCGCAUGCCAAGCGAGGUCGGGUUGUCAUCCCUAAUGCUGGCAAUGGUCACACCACCUCCAGCCAUAUUUCUGCGACGCACGACCAUUCCGAAAUCGACGGCAAGGUUGCCCUUCUCAUGCGAGGCGGCUGUGGUUUUCUCGAUAAAGUAAUGUGGGCGCAACGAAGAGGCGCUCUUGCAGUCAUCGUUGGCGAUAACCAGAAAGGCGGCCCUCUUAUCCAAAUGUUCGCUCACGGUCCCGAAGUUGAUAAUGUCACCAUUCCUUCUGUUUUUACUGCCCGCACCACCGCACAGCUUCUCUCCGCGCUCACACAACCCGGCAGUUUUAUCGAAGAUACAUUAGAUAACCAGGGAAACCCGGUUCUGAGAGUCCAGCGAGGUCCCAAGUCUAAGAAGCAUCGUGGAGGCGCAGUCAAGUCCACCAUCACCGCUUCGACUCAUGAUAGACGAGCCGUCGAUACAACGCAGCAUAAGAAGCGCUCUUCCAAGUCUGCAUCUAGAAAGCGAAAGACAGCUGUUCGGUAUUCCAAGAAGACAGUCAGUCGAAAGAAUGAGGUAAUCAAAGAAUCAUCAAAGAAGAUCCGAAAUCCUGUUCUGCCUGAAGACAACUACGAUGAUUGGACAUCCGAGACUACUUCUAGAAAGUACAAGCCUGUCCUACCCCCAAAGGCUUCCCUUAUCCGGCACGAGACAAACGAUGACGGCUAUGAACUUGACGAAGAGGAAAUCCUCGUCGAGUUCUUGACCGAAGAUGAAGAGAACGCACUUGAUUUUACCAUUGACCGAUCCGAAGAGCGACACGAAGACCCCGACGAAGUCGACGAUGACGUACACGAUGGCCUUUGGGUCACCAUCACCCCCACGAGUAAUGCUAGCCCGUUUUUCGAUACGCUUCUUGUACUGGUCAUUAGCCCACUGGUCACAUUGACCGUGGUAUACGCCCUUCUCAUUCUUCGCGCCCGAAUCCGCCGAAGACGUUGGAGAGCUCCCAAAUCGGUCGUUGAGCGUCUCCCCGUCCGCACGUUUCAUACAGUCGCUCCUUCGCCGCCUCUCACCCCGAGAACCCCGUCGCCGUCAGCACCAACGCCUACCACUCCUCUCCUACAGGAAUCUCCUUCGCAGGCGAGACCUCGAUCGAGAGGCUCAACUAGUGCGCCGGAAAAUGAAACGCGAUCAGUGCCCAGCGAAGCCAUUCCCACACCCUCGAACACAACGAAGAACAACGCAAAGUCUGAACGCGAGAAGGGUUCCGGUGGUUUCUCUGCUGAAUGGAAGAAGUAUAUGGGACGUCAGGUUGAAUGCGUAGUCUGUCUCGAAGAAUAUGUCGACGGUGUAAGCCAAGUGAUGAGCCUGCCAUGUGGCCACGAAUUUCAUGUCGAGUGCAUCACCCCUUGGCUGACUACCCGCCGACGAACUUGCCCGAUCUGUAAGGGCGAUGUUGUUCGAUCUCUCGCCCAUGGUUCAUCUUCAGAGCCUCAUUACGAGCCAUAUCGCGACGACGCAAGUGAUGACGAGGAUGACGAUGACGACGAAACGAUCGCAGAGGGUUCUGGAGCCCGUGCUGAUGACCAAGAGUCCGACCUUGAACAAGGUUUGCAAUCAUCCGAUCCUAGAUCCUCACGAUGGAGCCGGCAUGAUGGUUGGUUGAGCAUUUUUUCCAACGGACUCACCAGGGCGAGGUCGCCUUCUCCUGAGGAUCGUAGCCGCUGA